UUCUGCUGGAGUCAGCGCCAUUUCCUGCGGUGAAGGUAGAAGGGCCCCGGCGUCCAGCCGGGGUCAGAGAAGUGUCCUGACGGGAUUUUACCUCGACCCGUGGCUGGGGGUCGGGGGUCGUGCUCGGGCGUUCUCUAAGGAGAAGAGGCGUAGCUUGAGCGGAGAGUCGCGCUGUUAAUCUGGGGGGCGUGGCCUCGGCCCUGUGUGUGACGUAGACGUGGGGCGGGUUUACCUCUGGGGCUGAGAUUUGGGUCCUGUUGUGAGAGAGGCGCGGCUUCCCGCCGAUCCACUGACAGAUAGUGCUCUUUUUAUCUUAGGUGCAAUCUCAUGGAGAACCUCGCGGCCACCGGCUCUGCCAGGAACUUCCUCCCCUCCUUCCUGCUCCUGGCCUGCGGGACGCUGGUGGCCGCCCUACUGUGCGCCGCGCACCGCCUGGGGCUCUUCUAUCAGCUGAUGCACAAGGUGGACAAAGCGAGUGUCCGGCACGGUGGGGAGAACGUGGCAGCUGUGCUGAAAGCCCAUGGCGUACGGUUCCUCUUCACGCUGGUUGGUGGGCACAUUUCCCCGCUGUUGGUGGCCUCUGAGAAACUGGGCAUUCGUGUGGUGGACACACGGCACGAGGUCACGGCUGUCUUUGCUGCCGAUGCUGUGGCCCGCCUGACUGGGACAGUGGGUGUGGCAGCAGUGACUGCGGGUCCUGGCCUCACCAACACAGUGACUGCAAUGAAGAACGCCCAGAUAGCCCAGUCUCCAGUCCUGCUUCUGGGUGGGGCUGCUGGCACCCUGCUACAGAACCGGGGCGCACUCCAAGCCAUUGAUCAGAUAUCUCUGUUCCGGCCGAUCUGCAAGUUCUGUGCAUCUGUGCGGAGGGUGCGGGACAUUGUGCCCACCCUGAGGGCUGCAAUGGCUGCCGCCCAAUCGGGCACCCCAGGUCCGGUGUUUGUGGAGCUGCCCAUUGAUGUGCUAUACCCCUACUUCAUGGUCCAGAAGGAGAUGGUGCCAGCCAAGUCACCUAAGGGCCUCAUCGGUCGAGUGGUCUCCUGGUACUUGGAGAAUCACCUGGCCAACCUCUUUGCGGGGGCCUGGGAACCUCAGCCCGAGGGGCCCCUGCCCCUGGACAUCCCCCAGGCAUCCCCCCAGCAGGUUCAACGCUGUGUGGAGAUCCUGAGCAGGGCCAGGAGGCCCCUGAUGGUGUUGGGGAGUCAGGCCCUGCUGCCCCCAACCCCUCCUGACAGGCUGCGAGCUGCGGUGGAGACCCUGGGUGUCCCCUGCUUCCUGGGAGGGAUGGCGCGGGGCCUGCUGGGCCGGAACCACCCCCUCCACAUCCGGCAGAACCGCAGCAGCGCCCUGAAGAAGGCAGAUGUCGUCAUCCUGGCAGGAGUCGUAUGUGACUUCCGGCUAUCCUAUGGCCGUGUCCUCAGCCACAGCAGCAAGAUCAUCACCGUCAAUCGUAACUGGAAAGAGAUGUUGCUCAACUCAGACAUCUUCUGGAAGCCCCAGGAGGCAGUGCAGGGAGAUGUGGGCUCCUUUGUGCUGAAGCUGGUGGAAGGCCUUCAGGGCCAGACGUGGGCCCCAGACUGGGUAGAGGAGCUGCAGGAAGCCGACCGGCAGAAGGAGCAGACCUUUCGGGAGAAAGCAGCAAUGCCCGUAGCCCAGCACCUGAACCCAGUGCAGGUGCUGCAGCUGGUGGAGGAAACUCUGCCAGACAACUCCAUUCUGGUGGUGGAUGGCGGGGACUUUGUGGGCACUGCCGCCCACCUGGUACAGCCCCGUGGCCCCCUGUGCUGGCUUGAUCCUGGGGCCUUUGGGACUCUGGGAGUUGGUGCAGGAUUUGCCCUUGGGGCCAAGUUGUGCCAUCCGGAUGCUGAGGUCUGGUGCCUGUUUGGGGAUGGAGCCUUUGGCUAUAGCCUCAUUGAGUUUGAUACGUUCGUCAGACACAAGAUCCCGGUGAUGGCUUUGGUAGGCAACGAUGCAGGCUGGACCCAGAUUUCUCGGGAGCAGGUGCCCUGUCUGGGCAGCAAUGUGGCCUGUGGACUGGCCUACACAGAUUAUCACAAGGCAGCCAUGGGUCUGGGGGCCCAGGGCUUGCUGCUGUCACGGGAUAAUGAGGAUCAGGUGGUCAAGGUACUGCGUGAUGCCCAGCAGCAGUGCCGAGAUGGCCACCCGGUUGUGGUCAAUAUCCUCAUUGGGAGGACAGACUUCCGUGACGGCUCCAUUGCUGUAUAGGGCCUUGAGGGUCAGUACACUUGGCUCCCUUCCUGCCCCUGGACUGUGCAGAGCCAGUUUGGAGUCUCAUCCUUGCCUUCCCUGGGCCUAUCCCAUGAGGCCCAGUGACUCCACCACUCUCCAUGAGGAGGGGACGGAGGCGUCAAAGCUCAGAGAGCGCUCUUGGGACUCCUCCACGGGCCUAGCUGUGUCCUUUCUCCCCACCUCUCUCAUAGACUGAAUAAACCACGUCUGGCUCAUGUGCACCCAAGUACUCAGUCCCAGAAUCUGUGCAUAUUGAUUUAUUGUCCACAAAGAUGGAGGUGAUGGAAAGUGGAGACGGGAGGGGACCCUAUUCUCCCACUGGAACUCUGGGGCCCACUGAGGCACCAUGACUGGGUGGGAUUUCAGGGUGCCUGGGCAUUUCAAAUUUUUCCCCCCUGUGGUCCCUGAAAGAGCCCCACACGCCUGCUGCAGACAUGUCCAUGCACACUGUUCCUCACACACAGACACACACAUGCACG